CUCUGGCAACUUUAUUUCCGCACAGAGUUCAGUAAACACUAAUCUAGUUUCUCCGCAGUCACUUUCAUGCCUGCAGAAAGAAACUGGUGGUGAGGACAGUCGGGUUUCUACAUAUUUAACUUUUUCCUGGAUCUUGCACAUAAACAGCGAUUGUGAAGAUGGACGGGUCCAAUCACACACUUUUUGAUCCGAGAUGCAGGCAAGAGUCUCCAUACGCAAUAGAUGUUAUUAUGCAGCUGGACAUCUUUGGCAUAGUUCUCUUCUCUGUGCUGACUUUAAUGGCCACAGUGUCCAUGCUGGUUUUCAUUGAAGAAUGCAUCUACAUCUAUAAGAAAGUACCCGCAAACAAAAAAAGUAUAAUCAUAUGGGUAACUGGAGCAGCACCGGUUAUUGCUACCACGUCUUGUAUGGGCAUGUGGGUUCCAAGGGCCACAAUGUUCACUGACAUGACCUCAACCACAUACUUUGCAAUUGUGAUCUUUAAGUUCCUGAUUCUUAUGAUUGAAGAGCUUGGCGGUGACGAUGCACUUCUGCAAUGCUCUGAGAAAAAGUCAUUUAAGAUCAGCACAGGACCCUGCUGCUGCUGCUGCCCAUGCUUGCCAGAUAUCGCUGUCACGCGACGGUCUCUGUUCAUAUUGAAACUGGGUUCCUACCAAUUUGUUCUGUUAAAAGUGGUCUUGACCAUCCUUUCCAUUGUCCUCUGGACUAAUGGCAACUUUAAUGUAGCUGAUGUGGCAAUGAAUGGAGGAGCCAUUUGGAUAAACUCAUUUCUAGGCUUUUUCCUUGUUGUUGCGCUUUGGCCUGUUGCAAUCAUGUUCAUGCAUGUGCGAGUGUCGUUACGCACCCUUAAAAUCAUCCCUAAAUAUGCCAUGUAUCAGUUGGUGCUGAUUCUCAGCCAGCUGCAGACUGCCAUCAUUAACAUAUUGGCACUCAAUGGCACUAUUGCCUGCGCUCCACCCUACACCUCCCAGGCCAGAGGAUACUUGAUGAGUCAGCAGCUUUUGAUCGUAGAGAUGUUCAUCAUUACACUAGUGACUCGUCUUUUAUAUAGACGUCAGUAUGACCCCAUACAAGAAUACGGUGAUGAAGAGUCAAAGACUGCCCUUUCUUCAAAAAAUGCAGUGGAUAUUGUCUGAGAAGAACAAACUUCCAACUUUAUUGUCCUCAAGGGGCAAUUGUUUGCACUACAGUGGCAAAAAAACAAAACAAAAAAAAAAACAUAACAUACAAAAUAAAAUACAAUAUAAACAAUACAAUACGAUAAAAAAACAAACAUAAUACAAACCAUAAUCCAAAAACUAAAAAACUUUAUGCUUCUGUGAAUUAAGCAGUGAAAUGGCAGAAGGAAUAAAUGAGAAUUUAUAUCUGUUAGACCUUACUAUGGGAACUCUAUAGAGAGUGCCUAGAGGUAGGGUUUGAAAAGCAUGAUAGAGAGGAUGGGCACUGUCAGACAGAAUAAAUUGAACUUUACUCAAAACAUGCUUUUCGUACAAGUCGAAAAGACUUGCAGUAUCUGUUGAACUCGAAUGACUUUACCACAAGUGUUAACAAUUAUUGUUAAUGCAUUUUUGUGUUUUACACUUAAUGAUGCAAACCAACAAAGCAAAGAAAAAGUAAGUAUUGACUCAAUAUAGGUUCUGUAAUAGAGUCAUCAAUGACCUAUCAAUCUGAAGCUUUGCCAGUUUCCUCAGACAGAAGAGGCAUUGAUAACUUUUCUUACACAGACUUUCUGUAUUCAUUUCAAAGGUCAACUUACUGUCAAUUAUAGUACCCCGAUAUUUAUAGUUGUCUACUAAAUCUAUAGAUUGACCAUUGAUUUGGAUAUUUGCAGGAGCAGAUUUUUGCAAUCUAAAACCAUUACAUAUAUCCUUGGUUUUAAAAGCAUUCAACUCUAAGAAAGCAUCUUGACACCACUUUAAAAAAUACUCUACAGCAGGACCAUGAGACAUGUCAUCCUCCAUCAACAAACUUACUAAUACAGUAUCAUCUGCAUAUUUGAGGAUAUGCCGCACCAUAAACUUGCUAUGACAGUCAUCAGUAUAAAGAAUGUAUAAAAGAGGUGAGAGUACACACACCUGGAGAGAACCAGUAGAUGUUACAGUCACCCCAGACACACAGUCAUUCACUCUAACUCUUUGGGUCGUGUCCAUAAGAAAAUCCAGUAUCCAACCAGCCAAGUUGGAGUCUACGUUAAAACGAUCUAUAAGUUUCUGAACUAACAAGUGUGGUUGAAUAGUAUUAAAAGCUGAUGAAAAAUCGACAAACAUUAACCUAACAUUUUCCUCUGCCUUCUAGAUGCUUAUAUGCAAGGUCAAGAAGUGUUAAAGUUGCAUCCUGCACCCCACUACAAGUUCUAUAGGCAAAUUGCAGUGGGUCAAGGGAAUUUUCGAUUUUAGCCUGAAUCUCAUGUUUUAUCAGUCUCUCAAAUGAUUUCAUAAUUAAAGAGGUCAGAGCCACGGGCCGAUAAUGAUUCAUAUUUGUAGGUUGCCUAUUUUUAGCCACCGGCACAACAGUGGACUGUUUCCAUAACUUCGGGACCCUCUGCUGAUAAACAUAAUAUAUGUAAAAAUAGGACUUAUUUGCUUGGCACAAUGUAUGAGCACACAACUCCCAAUAUUAUCAGGGCCAGGACUUUUCCUAGCUUUGCAGCACCUAAAUGAAUUAACAACCAUUUGUACAUAAAAAUUAAUGUCAUGGCUACGAUUCUGUAGACUGUGUUUUAAAAAAGUAGUUUCCCUACUAAAAUCAUGAACAUCAAAUCUUGAAUGAAACGUAUUAAAAUCCUCCGCAAGAUCUGUAUCUGAAUUAAAAGCUUCUAAAGCUACAUUCUUAUUUUUUUUUUAUAGUCCAUUCCAACCGUGACCUCAUACAUACCCAUGCAGAGCCCAAACUUGCAUGUGAAUGAGAUUAUAUAAUAUGUUUGAGGAUAUUAUUGUACAAAGUAAAUUGUGAACAAUGAUGGUCAUUAUCUUUGUAUUUUCUUUUAUAUAUAAGUGCAUGCUUGUGUAAUACACUGUGCCAAAUCAGUUUUUUAUUGACGUUAUUGCAAGGUAAAGGGCCAAAGAAUAUGAGUGUCAAUCAUGACUUCAAAGGCACUGAUAUUGAUGUUUAUACUUCAUAAAACUCAAAUGAUCAGCAUUGUAUUGGGUACACAAGCAGCUAGUUGAAUGCUGUUUUAUGUUUUUGUUCCUUCCUUACAAUGUAACUUCCUUACUUGAUGCUUAGACACCAGUAUUGUUUUUUUGUUUUGUUGUUGUUGUUGGGAAAGCAUUGAUAAAUCCUAUGAGUCAUCAUGGUCCAUAUUCCUGAUGAACUGAGAUAAAGUCAUUUAUAUGGCUUAAUGAUACAUAUGGACUUUUGGAAUUGUAAAAAGAUUAAAUGGGAUUAUUGUAUGUUGCUGUAGCCUUUAUUAUGUUCUUUUUCAAAUCUAUCUCUUCAUACUGUUUUGUCCAAUAAUCGUGUAAUUUAUCUACACACAUUACUGACGGGCAACACAAUAAAUGUGUAUAUAUAGA